CUCGGGCUGCGGCUGCCGCGGGAGAGGCUUCCACAGCUGCGGAGCGAGCGGAGCGGCCGAGGGCGAGCAACGCUGCGGCGGCCGUGGGGACAGCGGCGACAGCGGAGGCGGCAGCGGAGGCGGCGACUCCGGGUACCACUCCCGUAAGGACAGGGACUCUCGAGGACCACAGACCUGAUUUGGGGAGCUCCUUCCUGUGGCCUCAUUGCUGCGCCCACUGGUUUGUCCCUUCAGCCUGGAUUGGUGACACACAACCAGUGGAGAUAUUUCCAGGUUUGCUGGCAUGGGAAACCUGCUCAAAGUCCUGACCCGGGAAAUUGAGAAUUAUCCACACUUUUUCCUGGAUUUUGAAAAUGCCCAGCCUACAGAAGGAGAACGAGAGAUAUGGAACCAGAUCAGUGCUGUCCUCCAGGACUCCGAGAGCAUCCUCACGGACCUGCAGGCUUACAAAGGAGCGGGACCAGAGAUCCGAGAUGCAAUUCAAAAUCCCAAUGAUAUUCAACUUCAAGAAAAGGCUUGGAAUGCAGUCUGCCCCUUGGUCGUGAGACUGAAACGGUUUUAUGAAUUUUCCAUUCGCCUUGAAAAAGCCCUGCAGAGUUUACUGGAAUCUCUGACGUGCCCUCCUUACACACCAACCCAGCACCUGGAGCGGGAGCAGGCCCUGGCAAAGGAAUUUGCAGAAAUCUUACAUUUUACCCUUCGAUUUGAUGAGCUGAAGAUGAGGAACCCAGCGAUUCAGAAUGACUUUAGUUACUACAGGAGAACAAUAAGUCGCAACCGCAUCAACAACAUGCAUCUAGACAUUGAGAAUGAAGUGAAUAAUGAGAUGGCCAACCGAAUGUCCCUCUUCUAUGCCGAAGCCACACCGAUGCUGAAGACUCUCAGCAAUGCCACAAUGCACUUUGUCUCAGAAAAUAAAACCCUGCCAAUAGAGAAUACCACAGACUGCCUCAGUACCAUGACAAGCGUCUGCAAGGUUAUGCUGGAGACACCGGAGUACAGGAGCAGGUUUACAAGCGAGGAGACACUCAUGUUCUGCAUGAGGGUGAUGGUGGGGGUCAUCAUCCUCUAUGACCACGUGCACCCCGUGGGAGCUUUCUGCAAGACAUCCAAAAUUGAUAUGAAAGGCUGCAUAAAAGUGCUGAAGGAGCAGGCCCCGGACAGUGUGGAAGGGCUGCUGAAUGCUCUCAGGUUCACUACAAAGCACUUGAAUGACGAAUCGACUUCCAAACAGAUUCGGGCGAUGCUUCAGUAGAGCCCUGCUUACAGAGGAGGAUCUGUGUGCUGACCUCAGAAGAUGUAUAUGUUUACAUAAUUUAAUACAGAUUGAUGUUAAUACUUGUGUAUUUACAUAACCACUUCCUUCUUGUCUCUGAAAUAUAUGGACCUUAAUUUGUAUCCUGACUGACUCAACCCAGCAGAGCAUAAAUUGACUCGAGAGCCUUACCUUUGAUGUUCGCCAUGAAAAUCCUGUCUCCAAGGGCCGAAUUUGGAAACUUCAGUCUUGGCUGCUGGAGUCUUGCAGUGACACCUGUAACGAGCAGAAAUUCUUAAUAGUUUGUGGUAUUGUUUUAAUUCUAGUUGUGUUAUCUCUCUGGGAGUAUAGUUUAUAGAAACACAAAGUACUUGAUUUCCUGUGUCGGCUCAGAUACAAGAAGCACACACAACUGUUGCCCUGACGGAGAGAGAGCAAGAGAGAAGAAUGAAAGAUAAGAAAAAUGCAUGUGGCGGGUGGGGUACAACUGUUGUGAGUUCAGCACGCCCCCUCUUCCUUCAGCCUGCAAACCUCCCGUGCAGCGUUUCUGUAUGCACGUGUGUGAGUAAUCCAAACAUUCUCCUGUCUCAAUCCACGUUCCUUCCAUUCCUUUUCAGUUGUUGUCAGAGGAAAAUCGCCUGUGUUUUAAUCCACUAAUGAGGAGGCAAUGGGUCGAGAGAGGGGUUCUUCCAGGAGGACUGAGGGAAGUGGCUAUCUGAAGGGCAUUUGAGAGAGGGAGCUGGCGUAAGGAUAAUCAUAUUUCUGUCAACCUUCUGCCUGCGGGGACAGAGAGAUAGAACUCUGAUUGUAAAUAAGGCCACUCAUUCCCCAGGAGCCUGCUGAGUUCUAUGUACACCACCCCUCAUGAUAAGGAGAUCCCAUUUCUCUGUGAAAAUGGACUGUUCAUGUCAGAACUGAGAACUAAGGCACUUUGUUAUUUCCCAGAGAAGGAGGGAUUUAGAGAGAAGAUAUCUAUGUUUCCUGAUUGCCUGGUGUCAGCCUCCGCCACUCUGUGUACUUUGACAGAUUCACUUUUAGUGUGCUCACCUUCCUCAUGUAUAAAAUAGUCAGUCUUGGGGGCCAGAGAGACGGCUCAGUGGUUAAGAGUACUUGUUGCUGUUGCAGAGGAUCUGAAUUUGAUUCCCAGCAUCCACAUGGUGACUCAUAGCUAUCCAUUAUUCCAGUUCCAGGGCAUCCAGUACCCUCUUCCGAUCUCCAUGGGUACCAUGCAUACACAUAGUGUGCUCCUAUACAUGCAGGAAAAAAAACAUUUAUACAUAUAAAAUAAAUGAACUUUUAAAAAAUCUAAACGAGUUUCUAAGAGUCCUGGAAGGCUAGUGGGAGCCACACUACCAACCUUCCUUCAUGCACAAAUUCCAAGGAAUACCCUUAUAAUUAUCAAUCUCACCAGUGCUGCAGGCAUUCUGCUAUAGGUCACAGCCGAGUUAGGGGCGAAUAUGGGAAACAUACUGUGACAUCUAAUGGAAGGAUGUGGGCACACAAGAUGACUCUUGCUUUGGACUCGAUCCCCAGAUGUUUCCUACCUGACUCUCUACUCUUCCCUCUUUCCCAUGUGGCCUAUGGAGAUGUACUGUGGAGUGUAUGGAGCCUUCUAGAGAAAUCUUGAGGCUAACCUGUGAUAUUGCUUGCAUGUCUCUCCUGGAAGGAGAGGGUUUUCCAGACAGCUGAUGAGUAAUAACCCUGGAAUUCAGGUCUAGGACGAUCAGGGUAUAGUACAGUUUGGUUCCCAACAUUCCACGAGAAGAGCUGUGAAAUACCUACAUAUCCAGACUAGGGAAGUGGCCAUCUAGCAUUCCAUCAAGCCCUCCAAGAAAGGGAAUACUUGGUUUGUCCCAACACAGAAAUGCAAACACAUGGGGAGAACUGCUUCCCUGGUCUGUAUAUCAAUGUAGUCAAUGGAGAGGGAAGAACCUUGUCCUUUGGUGCUUUACCAGAAGAGUAAAUACAGCCACUUGACUGAUGUGCGUGUUCUCAGCAGAGCAGAAUCACGCUAGAUGGCUUCCAUGAGCUUCUCAAACCUAGGAAUUCCAAGAUCCAGAGGAGGCCAGGAAAUGUGAUCAUGUGGGGUGAGACAUCCCUCCAACACUCAACUUUAGGGUGUUCCAUUUGGCAGUCAUGAGUAUUGCUCAGUUGGGCAACCGUCGAGCCUACAAGGGCAGUGAGGCACACUGUGAGUGAGCUUGUGUCCAUUUGCCCUUUCCUCAAAAGAGGAGACUGAGAUGUCAGAGAAGAAAGGACUUCCCAUUUUCUCUAUGGCUCUUAGACACAGACCUGAACCAUGAACCUAAGCCACGUUAUUUAUACCAUAGCUGCCUCUCAGCUGGCUACAUAAGAAAACAUUAGAGAUUAUCUGUCAGAUCACACACACACGCACAGUUGAGGAUAUUUGUAACUUUUAGUUAGACUUUCCAUCCAAUGGGACCAAAUGUGUGUAUAGGUGCUGCCAGUCUGCUUCACUUUAGCCAGUCCAUUGUCUCCAAGAUGAGACUCAGCGGGACUUGAAUUUUGAGAAGCCCAGGGUCUGAGUAGUUGCCUCAGGUCACCAAGAGGACAGGCUGAGUGUGUGUCUGUGAUCACUAACAGGGAGUGGAUCUUGAGUCCACUCCAGAACUGUUGUGGGAGACCAAUUCUCUUAACAGACUGUCCAUUAGGCAUCGGGAAUCCUUGAACAAUUUGGUUUUUCUUUCUUUCUUUUUUUUUUUUUUGUGCUGCAUGCAUAUGUAUCCAGCACUCAUGGGUGGUUUGGGGGAAAGUACUAGGGACAAUAUCAAUGUUAAUAAUACUUCAUAAUUGAUGUCUCAUAAAGCCUUUUAUAUUUAAUUUGAGGCAAGAAAGAAGGUCAAAAUGGUGUUUCCCAGACAUGUUGCUACUUUUGGCAUGAUAGCACCUCUCAUGUUUACCUAGACAUUCAUAGUAAAAGCUGGGUGGAAAUGGGUAUUUUUAUUGGUAAUAAAUAGAGCCAGAAUAUUAGAGCCGCAAUAUAGCCAGAAUAUUAGCUGAAGACCACGAAGAAGGUCUUAAGUGUAUCUUAAUAUUUAGUUAAUGUAUUUCUCACCAACAUAAACAUACAUUCUUGGUUAUCACAGUUAUAUCAAACAUGAAUGGCAAGCCUUAGUUUUUCGAGACAUCAUCACAAUUAAGUCAAAAUUAUUUCAUGCUUCUUCAAGAGCAAGAAGAAACCUACCCAAUCCAGGGAUCCAGUUGUAUAGUCAAGUCCAGACUUCUCAUUCAAUCUUACAUAGUAGACAUCUCACCAAUGCUCUAGAUAUUAAUAACUAACAUUGGGAUUUUCUCUCCGCCAGCCCCUGCCUUCAGAACUCCAUUGCCACAGUGCCCUGUAUAGAUGACUGCAGAUUAGAAGGGGCUUUGAAGUUGUCAUAUGUUGUUUGCCGAAGUCAUUGUAAUUUUUUUUUUGCCUGCAUUGCCUCUUUUUGUACAGAACUUUCGAGUGUGAAAUGAAAAUUAAAGUUUGGUACAUACAUAAUUUAAAGUCAUGCUUUUAUAUGACGCACAGGGUAAAAUGGGUGGUACAACAUAGAAGCCUGCUUAGCCUGCCGUGAGGAAAUCGCACCAUGCCAGCUUCCCUUCCCCCACUCCUACCGUAGUUUCUUCAAGCAUGGCAUGCAGUGUCCCAAAGGCCUGCUUUUGGAAUCCAUGGUCUAAUAUUCAUUUCGAUCGACAAGGACCGUCAUUAUAUUAAAGGAGAAGAAGAGAAGAAGCCUGGCACCUUGAGAUGCAGCAGUGCUGCUGGCCGAAGGAUGCUAAGAAAGCAAUAAAUGUUCUUCCAUUCUUUCAAAUGCAGUAGCAUUUCCUGAAUUUGGCAAAAUUGGUGGGGGGAAAAUCCCUCCUCUGUGUAUAUUCAUUUUUUUUCAGACCACAGAAGCAAUAAAAUGGUUCUUUUAAUGCAUCAGCGCGGACACUUGCCCAGAGCGUUACUUCUCAUUUGCACUCCUGCAGCCAGAGACCUUAUUGUAGGGGUGCGCAGUUCAUCUGAGUCUCUGAGAGGGACCUCACUGCAGCCUGUGAAAAGACAGGCAUGACGCUUAGGUUGACUUGGAGCAUGAAAGGAAUGACGAUGAGAACUUUUCUGUAAACUG